ACAACAACAGGCUACCUGCGAGCGGCGGCGGCUGCAUGGAGAGCCACAACCACGAGCACCGGGAUCUCACGCAUGCAACGAUAUUCCCCGAAACCAAAAUGCACCUUAGCCGUAUAAUGUGAGUACGUAGGUUUCUGUGCACCGGCUGAAGUGAUAUUAGUUCAUUGCUUUGAGGGGGACACUGUUUGAAAGCUAGCUAGCUAGCACGCUAGCUCUCUGCGUCUCUAUGUUCGAGCGUCUUCCGGCAGCAGUGGCGGCAGCGGCGGUGCCAUGAACAGUGGACUCCCCCCUUCAGCUGCUCCGCUCGGGGGUGCCGGGAUACCCAAUGUCAAGGUGAAGUUUUGCCGAUAUUACGCGAAAGACAAAACCUGCUUCUAUGGAGACGAGUGCCAGUUCCUGCAUGAGGAUCCGUCCAUGGCCAGCUUGCCGCUGCACGGCGGCGGCGGCAGCCCCGUCCCGCUGUCCAUGGCCGGGGGUGGCGGGACGCCAGCGGGGUAUUCCCUCGGCGGCUCAGCGACGGCCUGUCCGGGCGGCGCGGGGACCGGGGUGCCCAAGAAGAGCGAACCAUUGGGGCCAGCGGGCACGUCUCUGGAGGGGCAGUUGUUAACCAUCCCGGGAAUGGAGGGCGCAACCCUGAGUGAUGCCAAUCUUACCAACUCUUACUUCAGCAGCAGCUUUAUUGGGGUCAAUGGGUUUGGAAGCCCAGCAGAGUCUAAAUACUCAAUGAUGCAGCGAAUGACCACCAGCAGCAGCUCUCCCAGCCUCCUCAACGAUGGUGCCAAGAACUUCAGCCACAGCGCUCAUGAUCCAGUUAACUCCCCGACAUCCUCACUGUUCAGUGACUUUGGUGCUCUUAGCAUUUCCCAAAGGAGGAAGGCUCCUAACCCGGCAGCAAGUGAGUUUAUCCCUAAGGGAGCUCCUCGUAUGGCCACCAUGGCUCAGUCCACUGUCCAGGCCUUCCCCUCGCCUCUCUUUGCACAUCCUGGUCUUAGCAGCUCCACGGCUGCUGCUCUGGCUCCAGGUAUGUCUUUGUCAGCGGGAUCUUCCCCUCUGCACUCCCCAAAAAUCACACCGCACACCUCACCGGCUCCACGCCGACGGAGUCACACCCCGAACCCUGCCAACUACAUGGUGCCCACCACCGCCUCCGAUCAGGGCACGCACAUCAUCCAGAAAGAGACUGUAGGAGGGACCACGUACUUUUACACAGACAACACCCCAGCGCCGAUGACAGGGAUGGUGUUUCCUACGUACCAUAUCUACCCUCCCACUGCGCCACAUGUGGCGUACAUGCAGCCCAAAGCCAAUGCCCCUUCCUUCUUCAUGGCUGACGAGCUCCGACAGGAGUUGAUAAACAGACAUCUGAUAACCAUGGCCCAAAUCGACCACUCUGAAAACCCCGACGUACCUUCUGAGGUGGACAGCUACCACAGCCUGUUCCCCCUCGAGCCUCUCCCGCCACCAAACCGGAUGCAGAAGACCAGCAACUUCAGCUACAUCACCUCCUGCUACAAGGCAGUCAACAGCAAAGAUGACCUGCCCUACUGCCUGAGGAGGAUACACGGCUUCCGCCUUGUUAAUACCAAGUGCAUGAUGCUGGUGGACAUGUGGAAGAAGAUUCAGCACUCAAACUCCGUAACGCUGAGGGAGGUCUUCACCACAAAGGCCUUUGGAGACCACUCGUUGGUGUUCUCUUAUGACUUCCAUGCAGGUGCAGAAACGAUGUUCAGCAGGCACUUCAAUGACCCAGCAGCAGACUCGUACUUCACCAAGAGGAAGUGGGGGCAGCAUGAGCCUCCCCCGCCGCGGCAGCACGCAGGCCUGCUCCCCGAGUCCCUCAUCUGGGCCUACAUCGUCCAGCUCAGCUCGGCUCUGCGCACAAUCCACACCGCCGGCUUGGCGUGUCGCGUCAUGGACCCCAGCAAGAUUCUCAUUACUGGCAAGACCAGGUUACGGGUGAACUGUGUUGGGGUGUUUGAUGUCUUAACGUUUGACAACAGUCAGACCAAUCAUCUUGCCCUGAUGCCACAGUACCAGCAAGCAGAUCUUGUGUCGCUAGGCAAGGUGGUCCUGGCUUUGGCGUGUAACUCAUUAGCUGGCAUUCAAAGGGAGAACCUGCAGAAGGCCAUGGAGCUGGUGUCCAUCAACUACUCUUCAGACCUCAAGAACCUCAUUCUGUAUCUGCUGACCGAACAGUCUCGCCUGCGCAGCGUCAACGACAUCAUGCCGAUGAUCGGAGCCCGAUUCUACACGCAACUGGACGCAUCGCAGAUGAGGAAUGAUGUCAUUGAGGAAGACCUGGCCAAGGAGGUACAGAAUGGCCGCCUCUUCCGCCUUUUGGCCAAACUGGGCACCAUAAACGAGCGACCAGAGUUUCAGAAGGACCCGACGUGGUCGGAGACGGGCGACCGCUACCUGUUGAAACUAUUCCGGGAUCACCUGUUCCACCAGGUGACGGAAGCAGGGACGCCGUGGAUCGACCUCAGCCACAUCGUCUCCUGCCUCAACAAACUGGACGCCGGCGUUCCUGAGAAGAUCAGCCUGGUCUCCCGGGACGAGAAGAGCGUCCUGGUCGUGACCUACUCGGACCUGAAACGCUGUUUCGACAGCACCUUCCAGGAGCUGCAGGCCGCUGCCUCCGGCUCUCUGUAGCGCCCCCUUCGGGCCCGGAGUGGGACCGCCGGGACCCGAAGCACACUAUUGCACUACAGUGGAGGACCAGGCUGGCGGAGGAGACAUCAGCACGGUGAAGGCAGCGGGGCAGGGCUUCGUGAACCUCAGUCACAUACACUGACCCUGUCCACCAGGAAGGCUUUUCUAAAGUGUAUUUUUUUUAGUUUUCCUAAACCCUGCAGCUGAAAAUCUAUUGAAAAAAAAAAAGAAAAAAAAAAAGAAAAACAUUUUGGGGGGUAAAAAAAAAAAGGACUAAAGUGGAAGCUGUGACGAACGACGAUGAGGACAUUUUUUUAGAAUUUGGGGAACAAAACGAGAAACAAAACGUGAGGUUUUGAACUUUUUUCCUGCUUUUAUUGUUUAUUUCUACAGUUGGGGUUUAUUUUUCUGAGGAGGAUGCACUAAGAUUUUAAUUUUUUUGUUAUUUUUUUAUUUUUAUGAAUAAGUGUGAGUGGCCUACAGGGUGCACAGAGAGCUAAAGUCUCACUCACACACACAUACACACACACAACACACACACACACACACACACAGAAACACCAGAGCAGACUCAGAAUUGACACAAGAAGACUAGAAAACCCGGCUUUCUGUCGACUGCAUCUUCCUUCCGGUUGGAGACCACACCCCUUCGUUGUGACGCACUUGAGACGGGACACACCACUCAAGGCUUCGGGUGCGGCGGGACGACCCCCCCUUCGCCUUGGCUGUUGGUUCCCCCAUAAAGAAAGGACAAACCACUUGGGUGGGGCGGGACGGGUUUGUAAAACUGGAAAAAAUAACAGACUCUCUGGAUGUUUUUGGGUCAUGAGAUUACGGAGCAUGGCGUUGAACGCGCGGGCGGGGCGAUCCGUGACGGGGAGGGAAUUGCGGGUUUCUUUUUUUUUUUUGCUGGCACUGAGGAAGGGGUGUCUUCUCCCGAUGCCGUCUACCGAGUGUUUGUUACGUAUGCAGCAGCCGCCUCUGGGUUAAUGGACGCUAUCGUGACAUCGACCGCACAGAUUGGGUCAUUUCUGGUUCUGCUGUCCAGCACUUGGGUGUAGCCGGUGGGUGAGACUUGUGUCGAGGUGGAGCCGCAGCUGCCUCUUUGUGGAAUGUCCCCAAUUCGUCGCCCACCCGUCCUCUCGCCCCCCAAUGUCCCGAUCUCGCCUCUCCCUAUCUGUUUCUCUUAACUCGCCCACUUUUUUCCUUCCUGAAACUCCUAAACUUCACUCCCUCUCGGGAGAUCUGGGCCCCAAAUGAUGCUUCUCUUUUUCUUUUUUUUUUUUUUUUUUUUGUGACUUUUUCCAGCUGCUUUUUCUCUUUGCUCAGCUGUUGUGCAGGAAUGCAUGAUGGGAAAACAGGAGGGCAACUCAUUUUUGCCUCAGAACUGCUCUUUAUCAUUCUGUGGACCAAUUCCAGCAGGGGUUUAGGUAAAGGGAGGGAGGGAGGGAGGGAAGGGUAGGGGUGGGGAAAAAGGAAAGUAUAGGAACUGGGCACCAACAGUGAUUUGUUUAAUUUGACUUUUAAAAAAAGAGAGAGAAAAAAAAAAACCCAUCACGUGCUGGAGACGACGCGGUGACGCUGGCUGUCGCACUCGCUGGGACGGCUUGGAUUUCUCUCAGGACGACGAACAGCUGGAGGGGGCCCCGAUGAUUGAAUGUGUUUGACUGUCGUCGGCGGCCCCCAGUCCAGCCGGGUAGAUGAGCUUACAGUGGAGCGGGCGGGAACGUCCUCAGACGGAGGCGUUGCGAUCAUGCUGCGAGGGAUUUCAAGUUGCCCUGAAGCACAGAUCGAUUUCCAUUUCAAUUAAAUCGGGAGAAGAAGAGGCAAAAAAACAAAACAAAAACCACACCUGCUAAUGAAUUUGGUGCAAAACUCACAGGUCUGCCAGACCGCCAUUCUUGGUUCCUGUGCCUUUAUUUUGUUGUUCGAAUGUGUAGAGACACAGAACAACAGGGUCACAUCCUCGAACCACUCUGUCUAAUCUAUUUCAAGAUGUAAUCAAGAACCAUGUCUUGGUAGCAGUCAGUAUCUACGCAAACCUUUUCAGCUUGUCUCGAAAGUCGGCCGUCUGUUCUCGAGGGCAAAAAAACAAAAAACAAAACGAACCUGCAGGGAGCCGGCUGUUUUUAGAUCAUGUACAACUUCCUCUGUUUUAGUGAGACACACCGACAAAAAGAAAAAAAUGACAUAUUUGGUGAAUGUGGUGCUUUAGAAAACCUUAAAUACACAGACCCGCACACACACUUUCAACAACACCCACGUGCCCUCGGACUCGGCCAGCACAAUGUCAGUGCUCUCAUAUCGCUGUAUUCCACACCACCGCGCGCACACACACACACACACACACACACUCCAGUUAUCAGUGAUGACCUUCUUCUUCUCCCCGACAUCAACACACCUACAAUCACCAUCUUAGUAUGUUUUAUGCCCUUCUUGUGUUCUUGUCUCAAAUUUUGCAAUAUUUGUGUGUACAGCAGUAUUUUAAUAAAGAAUACCAAAAGUGAU